AUGGGCGUGUCCAGGAGCAGCUUUGCAAGUUGUCGGCAGAAGCGGAUCGUUGCCGAGCAGCGGCGAAAGGAGCUUCAACUGGAGCUGAUGGGCAUCGCCAGCAGUUUACAGGCUCCUGAGGGGCUGAAGCCAGUGCCUCCACUGUUCCAACCUUCAGGAGCACCGGAGGUCAAGAAUGCAACGCUUUUCCGAGAACUCUACAAGCAGAAGCAAAUGCACCUGGCAGCCAUGCGAGAGUUGGUGGCUGCAACGAGUCAGCAGAUCCAAGAGCGCGAGGCGGAAUUGGAUGAAGAGUUUGAUGUUCUACUGGGCAGUGGCCUUCCAAAACUGCUCACCGCCCUGAAGACUGAGGGCAUCAUUCGCAACUGCCGCGAUCUGAAGGAGGACCCGGACCGCGCUGCCCGGCUCCGUACAGGGAUCGCAGACCCACGGAUCCCUUCUUUUAUCCAACCACUGCCCAAAUCCCAAGAGGGGAAGGUGAGCCCUCUGACUGGUCUUGGGUUGAACCUCAUUGAGGAAUCAACACCUCCCAAGCCCCAGGACAUGGCUCCACGAGUUCUGGAAGAUCUGCGAUCCCCCAUGAAGCCCAAUAGCUUUGCGGAUCUGGAGGACAUGAGUGUUCUGCAGCGACAGAACGAUGAAUUAGCGAAGCACAUGCAGGACUUGGAACGUGCCAAAAGCCUUGCUGCCAUGACAUCCGCGCAGGCGUUGCAGAAGAUCCGGCAACGCCAGGAGCAGUUGAGGAAAGAGCAGCAGCUGUGCAUGGUCAGAGCCAAGGUGGGCACCUCCCAGGAAGCAGGAAUCGCUGAUCUAAGGAAAUCCAAGCUGACUAUUCGCCAGGAGCUGGUCACGUCACGUUGUGCCCGUAGCCGCUUGAGGAAUCGGCCCAGUGGCCGCGGCCACAGUCGCCGCUGGAGACCGAGCAUUGCUGCGCUGGCGGCGCCACCCACAGCCUUAGCCACGGGAGCUCUGCUGUCGCGGCGGCGUUGCCGCGUGACGCGGCGCGCGGUGGAGCUGGCACCCACGGACUACUAUGGUUUGCUGGGUUUGCCACCAUACACCGCAGACAAGAAAGAAAUCAAGGCGGCCCACCGCCGCACAGUGAAACUGGUCCACCCGGAUAUCUUGGGACCAGACUCUGGCGAUUUGCAGGCUAUUGUGAACACUGCCUAUCGCACCCUGAGUGAUGACGACCAACGAUCUACUUACGACACCGUGCUGCGUCGCAGCAAACUCUCAGAUCUGGCGACCAGCCGCUGGGCCAACCCCAAGAUGUCUGAAGGCCUCUUCGUGGAUGAAAGCGUUUGUCGCGGCUGCCUGAAAUGUGCGACCGCUGCCCCCGGCACCUUCGAAGUGGAUCCGCUGACCAGGACAGCCCAUGUCUAUAUGCAAGGUGGCAACGAAACUACGGAUCUGGACAUUGCCAUGUUGCGUGGCCCUGCGCUGGGCUGUCCGGAGCAGGCCAUCACCAAGGUGUCGCGGAGAUUCGUGGCGCUCUUGGAGUAUGCCAUGGCCAAGAGCAAGUCGUUGAAAGGCCGGAAGAAUCCGUUUGAUCUUCUGGGUUUGGCGCAUUGUCGCGUUGUUGAGCUCACCAGCCCUCAGGAGCUGGGGCAGGCUCCCGCAGAUGCAGAGCUGCGAGAAGAAUAUCAAGAGAUGACCAGCAUGGUUUUGAAGGAGGAUUUUCGAGAGGCUCGAACGAAUGUCUUGCUGAAGUACACCGACUGCGAUGCGGACAAGAAACGAGAGGCAGCGGACAUCAUUGCGAAAAAUGGACGUCCGCUUUCCCAGGCGGGUGAUGACGAUGAACCAGGCGUUUUCGUUGACGAGACGGCUUGCUCCAGAUGCUACAAGUGCACAGAAGUGGCAUCAUCUACCUUUGGGAUUCACAGGAGUCCCGAGCGCGGUGAGAAAGCCCAUGCUGUUACGCAGGAUGCAGAUGCAACGGAGAUCCUGGAAGCGGCUGUCAAGGGCUGCCCUUCCCGGGCCAUCUCCUUUGUGAGAAAGGCGGAGGUGCCUUUGCUGGAGCUGGCCAUGAGGGAAAGUGUUGAAAUGGCGCAGAACUCUGGGGUGCUGAAGGGCCCCUGGGAGAUCUUGGAAGGCUACCUUGUUGAGGACAUCAUCAGGAUGGAUCUGGAACUCCAGAACUUUCAACCUGCGCAAACUCGAAGAGACAUGAAAUCCCUGGCCGAGACCAAAGACACGGCGGAUGACAUCUCCUCGGCGGCACAGGCCAUCCCCGAGGACGUUCGUCAGCGUCUCUGGCGGGGUAUUGGAGGCGACCAGUCUGCUGUGAAGGAGCUGGAAGCGAUGGCCUCGGGGGAAGCGGCAGGCGCGCUGUCGCGGAAUUCCAUGAAGACGGACCUCUUUCAGCGCUUCGACGUGGAUGGCGAUGGUUUCCUCUACAGCGAAGAGUUGAAGACGUUCGCCACGGAGAUGGGCUUCGAGGGCAGCGACUCUGAAUGGAGCCAGGAGUACGUGAUGAUUUGCACGGAGGUGGGUUGCGACCCAACACGCGGAUUGGACUUUCGCGGUUUUUCUCGCAUGGUGGAUGAUGAGGAGGGCAGACCGGUGCUGAAUUGUGUAGGGAAAUGGAGGACUGGAAGCCGUCUUCAUCAAAAUACAUGGAAUUGGGGCAACCAUAGUAUAUAUGUUUGGCUGAGUUGGCUGAAACGAAAGCUACUCCGAAUGUGGAAGUUAGCACCUGCCCUUGAAGAUGUAUGUGCUACAUAG